AUGCCUGCGGCGUGUACCGGAGCUGCACUCAUGGGUUCUCUGCAACAACCUCUCUGGUCUAAGCUCCAGAACCAUGGCUUUUUACCUCAGCUUAAACUCAACAGUACUUUCAAACCUUGCAAAGUUUCUCAUGUUGGAGGAGCUUUAGUCACUGCCCCUCAAAUUGGAGGUGAUGGGUCUAGUUUCCUAGACUAUGGUUUGAGUGAAGCUGAUCCUGAGGUUCAUAGGAUAAUUGGCAACGAAAAAGACCGUCAAUUUAACAGUCUUGAACUUAUUGCUUCUGAAAAUUUUACAUCUAGAGCAGUGAUGGAAGCAGUUGGUUCAUGCCUCACAAACAAGUACUCAGAAGGUUUGCCGGGUAAAAGGUAUUAUGGUGGCAAUGAGCAUAUUGAUGAGCUUGAAAUCCUGUGUCAAGAAAGGGCACUUGCUGCGUUUCAUUUAGAUGGUAACAAGUGGGGUGUAAAUGUUCAACCAUUAUCUGGUUCCCCGGCUAAUUUUGCAGUAUACACUGCAAUUCUUAAACCACAUGAUCGAAUAAUGGGUUUGGAUUUGUCUCAUGGUGGACAUUUAUCUCAUGGAUUCAUGACACCUAAAAGACGUGUAUCAGCCACAUCAGUUUAUUUUGAAUCUAUGGCUUAUCGACUUGAUGAAUCAACAGGUCUUAUUGAUUAUGAUAUGCUGGAGAAAACUGCUAGUAUCUUCCGACCGAAGCUCAUUAUUGCUGGUGCUAGUGCUUACCCCCGAGACAUUGAUUAUCCCCGCUUUAGAAAAAUUGCAGAUAGCGUAGGUGCCUUCCUUAUGAUGGAUAUGGCACACAUAAGUGGACUCGUUGCUGCAUCUGUGCUUGCCGACCCCUUUGAGUUUUGUGAUAUUGUGACCACCACAACCCACAAGUCUUUGAGAGGUCCUAGAGGGGGUAUGAUUUUCUUCAAGAAAGAUCCUGUGCAUGACGUUGAUCUUGAGACAGCCAUCAACAAUGCUGUUUUUCCCGGUCUACAGGGUGGUCCACAUAACCACACAAUUGGAGGACUAGCCGUUUGCUUGAAAUAUGCUCAGUCACAAGAUUUUAAAAAUUACCAAAACCAGGUGGUUGCCAACUGCAGAGCUCUUGCUAACCGAUUAGUUGAGCAUGGAUAUAAACUUGUUUCUGGUGGUAGUGAUAAUCACCUGGUUCUUGUUGAUCUGAGGCCAUCGGGUAUUGAUGGUGCUCGGGUGGAGAAAAUUCUUGACAUGGCCUUUAUAACCCUCAACAAGAAUUCAGUAGCUGGUGACAGAAGUGCCCUAGUCCCGGGAGGCAUUCGCAUUGGGUCACCCGCAAUGACAACAAGAGGACUUGGUGAGAAGGAAUUUGAACUCAUUGCUGACUUAAUUCACGAGGGUGUGCAAAUAAGUCUUCAAGCCAAAAGUUUGGCCUCGGGAACCAAGGUUCAAGAUUUUUUGAACUUUGUGAUAUCUCAUGAAUUUCCUUUUAAAGAUAAGAUUUCAGAUUUGCGGAGGAAAGUUAGUGCUCUUGCCACGAAAUAUCCUAUUCCGGGAGUUUAA